GUUACAUUGAUUGAACAUGAAUGAAAACAUAAGAUUAUAUAUAUAUAUAUACAGUAUACAAUAAUUAAUAAAAAUGGAAUUCAUCUUUAUCUUCAAUGAAUAACUAACUAGAUUUUAUAAUUCUUGAAUGGUUUAAAAAUUACAGGUAGGAAUGGCUAGUGCACUGGAAACUCUGUGUGGGCAAGCUUAUGGAGCAGAGGAAUAUAAGAAACUUGGACUUCAAACUUACACUGCUAUUUUUUCUCUGUUUUUGGUCUGUUUUCCUGUAACUUUGUUCUGCUUUCUGGCCUUUUACCAAAUCCACAGCUUGAAACCUCCGUUCUUUCUGUAUGUCUCAAUACCAUUUCGACUCUCUAUACAAUUCCAUUUGGGCUUGGUGCUGCAGCAAGCACAAGAGUUUCGAAUGAAUUAGGAGCUGGAAACCCACAAGCUGCUCGAAUUGCUACAUGUGCAGUGAUGUUUCUUGCAGUGGCAGAAACAAGUAUAGUUAGCACAACCCUCUUCUUCACCCGCAGAAUUUUCGGCUACACUUUUAGCAACGAAAAGGAAGUCGUGGAUUACGUGACCAAAAUGGCUCCUCUGGUUUGUCUCAAUGCUAUUUUCGACAGCUUACAAGGAGUCCUUUCAGGGGUGGCUAGAGGAUGUGGUUGGCAGCAUAUAGGGGCUUAUAUCAAUCUCAGCGCGUUUUAUCUUUGUGGGAUACCAGUUGCUGCCAUUUUGGGUUUCUGGUUUCAGCUUAGAGGAGAGGGUCUCUGGAUUGGAAUUCAACUUGGUUCUUUUAUGCAAACUGUUCUGCUUUCUCUUGUAACUAUUAGUACAGACUGGGAGAAACAGGUCUACAUAUAUAUUCCAUAUCUAUUAGUACAGACUGGGAGAAACAAUGAGAAGAGAAAGAAGAAGGCAAACUCACAGAUUCAAGAAGAAGAACACAGAGCUUGAUCUGGGCAGAGGCACGCGAGAGACACCACCAACGCCUUCGAUGAGCUCCGGACAGAAAUUUGACCCAGGGGGAAGGACGGGUUAGCUUAAUCCCCCUCUCGGGGGAUUAUUUCACUGUAGCGGCUAACUUAUCCGCUCCUUCAUUUGUUCCUUCCAAACACCGGAUUGGGACACAAUCCUGUCCAAUCCGGUGAAACAAACACGCCCUA